GUUGAUAGUGAAAGUUUACGUUACCAAAAUUGUAGGUACGUUAAUAACACUCCCUGUCCGAAAGGGGGCGGCAGCAGUAGUUGUUUUUGUAUCAAUAUCACAUUACAUGCGGAUGAAGUGUGGAUGAGCAAGCAUCAAACGUUUCUCCGUCAAACCGAGCCUUGAUCUUUGGUUUCAAAGCCAGUGCCAAAUCAAGGUUUUUACAUCACAGAUCAAGCACAAGAGGCGAUGGAUGGGCCAGUAGAUGGCACCAAGCUCAUUCGGAGACUGAAGACAGAGCUACUGGACGCUCUGAAGGGAGAUCCAGAGUUUCUGCUUCAGCAUUGCCAUGCCAGUGGCAUACUGUCCAAUAAUGAGUACAACAACAUUAAAGACCUUAACAUGCGUUCAGAGCAGGUACGGGACAUCUUGGACUAUGUGAUUCACAAAGACAACAAGCAUGCUCUGAAUUUCCUGAAGUUGCUGAAAACACAAGACAUGCAAGAGGCAUUUCCUAAACUAGAGUUCCUUCAAAAGUUGCAAAUAAACAAACGCAAGACAACAAAAAACACAGAAACUGCAGCAAAACGGCGACAGGAGAUAUUGGAAAACGAGCCGCAACAUAAUAACAACUCCAGGAUGGUGAGUGAGAGGGAGAUGAUGCUGGUGGCCGGCUACAUUGGGAACAGCUGGAGGGAAGUGGGCAUUAUGGCACUGGGUAUGAACACCACUACUCUUCAUCAGAUAGAGGAGGACAACAGCCUGCACAGAAUGCGGGUUUUCACCAUGCUGCGAAAAUGGAGCAUCCGUGAGAGGGAAAAAGCCACGGCAGCUCGUCUCCAUUCCCUUAUAACCCAAGAAGAGUACGACGUAGACACUCUGAAACUUAACUUCCUGUUGGAAAACAACUGAGGCUGCUAAGAGGACUUUAAUAGAGUGGUGCAGGCGUGACGUCAAAACCCAAAAAACUUAUUUGCCAUGGGUUUUUAUAUAUGUUAAGACAAGGUCUGUGGUAAACAUGAAUUGAUGAUACUUGGUACUUAAGCAGUUGUGCUUAUUUUUUAAAUAUAUAUGUUCGUAAUAAGAACAUUUGGGGUGAGUGUGUGCAGUUUACAUUGUGCAACAAAGCAUCCAAGUAUUAUCAAGUAAUGUGUACCAUAGUUUUUAUUUUACUCAUGAAUUUAAAGAGACAGUUCACCCAAAAAUGAAAAUUCUGUCAUCAUUUAUUCACCCUCAACUUGUUCAACAGAAAAAAAGGUAUUUCGAGGAAAGUUUAAUUUCCAUAGUGAGUUUAUUUUACAUACUAUGGAAGCCAAUAGCUACCAAUUGUUCUUUAAAAUAUCUUCUUUUGUGUCCAACGGCUAAAACACAAAUAUCUUGAGGGUGAAUAAAUGAUGACAGAAUUUUCACUUUUGGACGAACUGUUCCUUUAAAAACCCUAUUAUAAAAGCCACAUGAAAAACCAGUGGCGAAUUAGUCUUCUGGGUUUUGAAGUUACAUCUGUAGCACUCUUCAUAAAUGUAGCACUUUGCAUUCCCAGACAUGCAAGCACACCACUAGGAGCUAUAACUGCUAGUCAGCUGUGUAAAAAGCUGUGUACUGUUCAUAUUUGUUUUUGUUUGUUUGUUUAGUAAAUGCUAUGUAUAAGUCAGCUAGCUACAUGCUUGAAAUAAUAGGGCAACGUUAAAAUGCACAAAGCUAAAAUGCGGGUAUUUUAAAUAUUUUUCUUAAACCUGGUGUGCAAACUUUUUUUGUUUUGUUUUUAAGCAAAUAUAAUUAGCAAAUAUGCUUACAUUUUUAAAAA